UGGGGAGCCUUGCUUGCUGCUUUCUGCCCUCCGCCGCUCUUUCGGGGCCGCCUCCCCUCCUUUUGGCACCUGGGCGGCGAAGGGGGCCGGCCCGACUGCGGAGCGCCUCCCCGCCUGCCCUCCGCCUCCUGCUUUGUCCCCGCAGCAGCCCCCGACGCAGCAGCAGCAACAGUAGCGGCAGCAGCCAUGGUGAAGGUGUCGUUCAACGCGGCCUUGGCCCAGAAGGACGCCGCCGCUUCGAAGGACGAGGAGGAGCAGGACGAGGAGCGAGGAGGGAAGGGCCAUGGGUACAGCAGCCAGGUGCUCAUCCUGCCCCCCGGCGCCAAGGAUCCAGGGGAAGUGGUACCUGCUGGACAAAGAAGGGCAUGGUUUUGGUGUAUGUGUUUUGGAUUAGCUUUUAUGCUUGCUGUUGUGAUUCUUGGUGGUGUCUAUCUGUACAGGUAUUUUGCAUCCAAGGAAAGUGGUGUUUACUUCUGUGGAAUUAAAUAUCUUGAGGAUGGUUUGAGUCUAACUGAGGCAGAAGCAGGUGCCCCAGCUCCACGCUAUCACGUUAUUGAAGAAAACAUUAAGAUCCUCCAGGAGGAAGACGUAGAGUUUAUCAGUGUGCCUGUUCCAGAAUUUGCUGACAGUGAUCCAGCUGACAUUGUUCAUGACUUUCACAGGAGACUUACAGCUUACCUUGACCUCAGUCUGGAUAAGUGCUAUGUCAUUCCAUUGAAUAUGUCAGUUGUUAUGCCUCCCAAAAACUUUUUGGAGUUGCUGAUUAACAUCAAGGCUGGAACAUAUUUGCCUCAGUCAUAUUUGAUUCAUGAACAGAUGAUCGUCACUGACCGCAUAGAAAAUGUGGAUCAGCUGGGUUUCUUUAUUUAUCGCCUCUGUCAUGGUAAAGAGACCUACAAGUUGCAGCGUAAAGAAACUCUUAAAGGAAUCCAAAAGCGAGAAGCAACAAACUGUCGAAUAAUUCGGCACUUUGAGAACAGAUUUGCAGUAGAAACAGUCAUUUGUGAAGAACAGUAAAGAAUAUAACUGUAACAGAAGAUUGGAAGAAAACCCACACAUUGAUCUUACUCUUUAUAUUAUGUGCAGUGAUUUUGAUUUCAAAUCAUUUAUAGAAGUAGUAGACAAAGCUAUAUGGCUGAACCUCAACAUCUUUCAUCUUAAAACACACCCUCUUUUUCAUAUUUUGAAGUAUAGUGUCCUUUUUAUAUGUUUGAAUAGCAGCUGUAUAAAAUCUUAGUUAGUGCAUUACAAGAAAUGGACCUAGAAAAAAUACCAGGUCAAUAGUGUGGCUCAUCUUAAAAUAAAAUUUGAUUGAAUAUCUUCUGACUUAAAAUAAAAUAAUACAUAAACAAACAGACUACGACACUUUAGAUUUUUAGCAGCAUAUUAUUAGUGAUGUGGUUGAUUACAGCAUAUUCAGAAAAUGAUCUAUAAUAAAAGUGCAAUUUCUUAUUUUUUAAUGCAAUUACUUUUACAUUUGAUUUCCAAACGGCUGUUUUAAUAUAGAUGUCUGCUGUAACAAAACUGAGCAGUAACUUUGCUUUAUUGAGAUGUAUAUAAGCUAUGUAUGUGCAAUGGAAAAUAAAUAUUACAAAUCUGUUUGUCUAAAA